CCCCUCCCUGGUUGAACUGGCUAUGUGGUCCUAACAAACAUUACGUUCAGUCCUGGACAGAUACUGCAACAACUCACAUCACUGGCGUGUAGCUACACACUUUUCGCUGCGAAGAAGUAAGUGGAUAAAAAAAAACGGAAUAUAACGAUACGAACUACCGAACUAGAAGAAGUUGAGCCGACGGACAUACGAAGGACGCAAAAGGAAGCAUUUCCCUCUGUGUUGCAAAGCUGUGGCUUGUUGGACAAAGUCUUGUUCUCGACUCUGUGCAUGUUGAAAUCGGAGGAGUGCAUUGGUACGGUGACUCGGUCAGACACCGUCUAGUUUCCAAGCAGAGCGGCCGCAGCGGCAAGGCAACACCGGAGGCAUGAUUUUGAGAAGGGGCUCCGUUGUUGGCGUUGCUGAUUUUUGCUUACAUGCCUUAUUGUUGUGCUUUUGUGCAAAGGUGGCCGAGGGAACCGGUCAGUUCGAGUUGGAGAUCUUAUCGAUGAACAACCGGAACGGCGAGCUUCUUAGCGGGCUGUGUUGUGACGGUUCGCGGAUCACCGGGGAUCGGAAAUGCAGGAUGGAUGAGUGUGAUACGUAUUUUAAAGUGUGUUUGAAGGAAUACCAGUCGCGGGUUUCGGCUGCGGGACCUUGCAGCUUCGGGUCCGGUUCUACCCCUGUCCUUGGAGGGAAUACAUUUUCUUUGAAGAACUCUGCGAAGAACGAAAGAUCCAAGAUUGUUUUGCAGUUCAGUUUCGCCUGGCCGAGGUCCUACACGUUGAUAGUGGAAGCCUUGGAUGCGAACAAUGACACCAGCGGUGGUGAUGGUCAGGUGAUUGAGAAGGCGUCCCACUCUGGGAUGAUCAACCCCAGCCAUCAGUGGCAGAAGCUCAGCCACAACGGUCCUAUUGGUCAGUUUGACUAUCAGAUCCGGGUCAGCUGUGACGAGCACUACUACGGCUUCGGAUGCAACAAGUUCUGCCGACCCCGAGACGAGUUCUUCGGGCACUACACCUGCGACUACAACGGGAACAAGACCUGUCUGGAGGGCUGGUCUGGACUAGAAUGUAACACACCCAUUUGUCGGCAGGGCUGCAGUACAGAACAUGGACACUGCAAAGAGCCAGGUGACUGCAAGUGUUUGUAUGGCUGGCAGGGGCAGUACUGUGACCAGUGUAAUCCUCACCCUGGCUGUGUCCAUGGAACCUGUGUUGAACCAUGGCAGUGUCUAUGCGAUACCAACUGGGGAGGACAUCUCUGUGACAAAGAUCUGAACUUCUGUGGGACCAAACAGCCCUGUCUGAACGGAGGAACCUGCAGCAACACGGGACCUGACAAAUACCAGUGUUCUUGUGUUGAGGGCUACUCUGGAGUCAACUGUGAGAGGGCAGAGCAUGCAUGUCUGUCUGAGCCCUGCUCUAAUGGAGGGAGCUGUGUUGAGACCAGUCUGGGUUAUGAGUGUGUCUGUUCCCCGGGCUGGAGUGGACCCUCCUGUAGCAUCAAUGUUGAUGAGUGCUCUCCUAACCCCUGUAACCACGGUGGGACCUGUCAGGAUCUGGUUCAUGCUUAUAAGUGUCUCUGUCCUCCUCAGUGGACCGGAAAGACCUGCCGAAUCGACGCCAACGAAUGCGACAGCAAGCCCUGUGUCAACGCCAACUCUUGCCGCAACCUGAUUGGUGGAUACUUCUGCGAGUGUGUUCCUGGUUGGACGGGACAGAAAUGUGACAUCAAUAUCAAUGACUGCAAGGACCAAUGCCAGCACGGAGGAACCUGCAGGGACUUGGUGAACGGGUUCCGCUGUGUAUGUCCUGCGGGUUACUCUGGAGACCACUGUGAGAGAGAUGUGGAUGAGUGUGCCGGCGCUCCCUGUCUGAACGGCGGGCGAUGCCAAGACCAGGUCAACGGAUUCACCUGCCUCUGUCUGGCAGGAUUCUCGGGACAACUCUGUCAGUUGGACAUAGACUACUGCCUCGUCAACCCAUGUCAGAAUGGAGCCGCAUGUUACAACCUGGCUACAGGUCACUACUGCGCCUGUUCAGACGACUACGAAGGAAAAAACUGCUCUCACCUCAAAGACCACUGUCACACCAGCACGUGUAAAGUGAUUGACAGCUGCACGGUUGCCGUGGGAUCCAACAGUACCCCUGGAGGAGAGCGGUACAUCUCCUCCAACGUGUGUGGUCCUCACGGACGCUGUCGGAGCCAGGCUGGAGGACAGUUCAGCUGUGACUGUCAGGAGGGCUUCAGAGGCACAUACUGUCACGAGAAUAUUAAUGAUUGUGAGAGCAACCCGUGUGGUAACGGAGGAACCUGUAUAGAUAAAGUCAGUGUAUACCAGUGUAUCUGUGGAGACGGCUGGGAGGGGGACCACUGCGAGACCAAUAUAGAUGACUGCAGCACUAGUCCAUGCCAUAAUGGAGGAACAUGUCGAGACCUGGUGACUGAUUUCUUCUGUGAGUGUAUGAACGGCUGGAAGGGGAAGACCUGCCACUCCCGUGAGAGCCAGUGUGACGAGGCUACCUGUAACAACGGAGGGACAUGCCAUGACGAGGGAGACACCUUCCAAUGCAAGUGUUCCCCUGGAUGGGAGGGGGCUACCUGUAAUAUAGUACCAACGACUGCAACCCACACCCAUGUUAUAACAGUGGGACCUGUGUAGAUGGUGAUAACUGGUAUCGAUGUGAAUGUGCUCCAGGCUUCGCUGGGCCAGACUGCAGGAUCAAUAUCAACGAGUGCCAGUCUUCUCCCUGUAUCUUUGGAUCCAGCUGUAUUGAUGAGAUCAAUGGCUAUCGCUGCCUGUGUCCCCAAGACAGAGCUGGACCACGCUGUCAGGAAGUGACACAGAGGUCGUGCUCGGUGAACGGUCGUCUGACCCCUGAAGGAGCUAAGUGGGAUGAGGACUGCAACACCUGUCAGUGUUUUAAUGGGAAGGUGGUGUGUACCAGGAUGUGGUGUGGUCCUAUGUCGUGCCGGGUCAGCGGUGGGGUCAAAGGUCGAGGUGGCGGAGCUGGGUGUCGGUCUGGUCAGAGCUGUGUACCAAUCAGGGAGGAGCAGUGUUUUGUCCGGCCGUGUCUGAAUCUUGGGGAGUGCCUCCCCUCCUCCCCACCAACCACCAAAUGUCACCCCAGCUCCGGUUACCACGACAACAGCUGUUCCAACAUCACGUUUACGUUCACCAAGGAGACCAUGCCCAGGGGUCUGAGUAUCGAGGCAGUGUGUAAGCAGCUGAGACAACUCUAUGUGCUGAGUAAUGUGUCCUCUGAGUAUUCUGUUUCCAUAACCUGUGACCCUUCAACCUCCGCCAGCAACGAGAUCCAUCUCAGCAUCUACACAGAGGCCCACCCGAUGGACAGAUCCCCUAUAAAGGAGAUAACAGAUAGGCUCGCCGAUCUGGUGUCUAAACACCAUGGCAAUAACAGCAUCAUCAGCGCCAUCGCCAAGGUCCGUGUGCAGCGGAGGCCUAGCGCCAGCCAGACGGACUACCUAGUACCCUUGCUGUCCUCUGUCUUCAUUCUCCUCUGGAUCCUGGCGUUGGUCUCGGUCUUCCUCUACUGCGUGCGUCGCCGUCGGAAACAUGGCGGUCACCAUGGCAACGGAGCCUUGUCGUCCGCGGCAACCGACGACAACACAACCAACAAUGUGCGUGAGCAGCUCAACCAGAUCAAGAACCCGAUCAACGAGAAACACGCCGGAGGCGGCGGCCAUCUUACAACAUCGGUGGCCAUCAAGGACUACGAGGAUAAGAACUCGAUCAUCGCCAAGGUACGGACACACCACCCCCCGGAGGGGGAGGAGGACAACGAUAAAGAGAGACAUAUGGGGAAUAAAGGACGCUUUACGGUUCCAGCCAAACAACCCGCCUACACACUGGUGGAGCGGGAAGACUGGGGCCUCAAUGGAGGCCUGGGGGCCAACGGGGCCAACGAAGGGGACGGCAGGACCCCGGUGCAGCCCAGCUCCAAACACUGGACUAAUAAACAGGACAACAGAGCCCUGGAGACGGCACACAGCAUCAACAGGAUGGACUACAUCGUAUAGCAGGAAGUGACAUUGGAGGCAGGAAAUAAACGCUGUGUAAAGAAUUCCCCUUCCUGGACUUUAUGGUCAUCCCGGCAACGUGGUCCUUCUGACACGUUCUGUGGACAGUGUUGCCGUGCAACCAAACCCUUUGAUCAUGCUGAAGAGGACCAGGGGGUGUUCUGGGAUUUGUAGUUUUGUAGUUCCUAAACUGUUACGUCAUUAUUCUGUGACUACAAGGUUGGUUUGUUUUGGAUAUAAUGAAUGGUACGUCAGAUGUGGUACCCUGUUCUCUAUUUAGUGCACUGCUUUUGACCAGAGCCCUAUGGGCCAAGUGUACGUUGUAGGGAGUAGGUUGCUGUUUUAGACGUUGCUCCUGAUAAUUUAAUGCUAGCUGGCUACACUGGCAGAGCAGGUUGCUUUGGUUGGCAGGUUAAGAGGGUGUUGUGUUUUCACAUUUCCACACGACACCUAUUCCCUAUAUAACACACUACUUUUGAGCAGAGCCCUAUGGGUCCCUGGUCUAAAGUAGUGCACUAUGUAGGGAAUAGGUGGCCAUUUAAGACACGCAUUGCAUUAAUGUAUUUCUCUCUCUCUAGUAGGUAUAAACUACUUUUGUUUGCCUUUUCAGUUUCAUAGCAAUGUCAUGAAAUUAAACCAAAAAUAAAUACAACUUUAGAAUGAUUUAUUCUUUGGGCGGGUGGGGUCGAUGUCAGCAGUUGCAAUAUGAAGAAUUUGUGUCUGUUUAGAAUGUGUAGAUAUGUACAUUUCUUUUUUUUUAUUUUUUAUUAAUCAUUGUGUAUAUUUGAUUUAUUAACUUAAAUAAUAAUCAAGAGAUAUCAUUCCUUUUUAUUUAUAUGUUCUGUCUCUAGAUGUAAGGUUUUGACAGCUUAGUUUCUUUUUUUGAUAGUGAACAUGUUUUUCAUUUACAAAAUGGCCCCCAAAAAAAUCUUAUUUUUUUUUGUUGCCUGAAAUAUUUUUGUUUUUGUUUUAUGAUUCUACAGCGUCGAUUGUUGCUUAGACUUUGCAGAGUGGAAGAAGAAAUAAAAACAAAAUACAAAUAAAUGGUUGCUUUUGGGUUGUAAAAACGAUUCAGAGAUUGAGUGUAGUGGCAGACAUUUUCCUUGUGACUACUAUUUGAACAAAAUCCUUCAGCAGCAUUUUAAGUCACUCAUAAUCACAUACUCAGAAAAUAAGUAUAUCUGCCAAUCACGCAUAAAGUCAUAGCUAGACCCAGGACUUGUCCCACAUGGCACCCUAUUCCCUAUGGGCCCUGGUCAAAAGUAGUGCACUAUAAAGGGAAUAGGGUGCCAUUUGGGAUGUAACCCAAUCAUACUUGAAUGGUAGAGGGUCAACAGUCCCGGAUUGGUCUGUCAACUUCCACCCAGAUAAUGUUGUCAAGUAUAUCUUGUCCCACAUGGCACCCUAUUCCCUAUGGGCCCUGGUCAAAAGUAGUGCACUAUAAAGUGAAUAGGGUGCCAUUUGGGAGAGAACAAACACCUCAAACGGACCAUUACAUUUUUAUUUUUUUUAAGCUUCCUGUUUCCUUAUUGGCUGCGGUCGACUCACAUGAAUAUAUUUUAUGUCCGUUAUAUGCCCACACCAUUAAAACACGGAAAAGCUGCUUAACAUACUUAAUCAUUUUUUUAGGAAGGAAAAAUGUCACUUAUUUGUAAUUAAUUAUACGUGAUAUUUCAUAAAUCUAGAAACAGUGGACAAUGAGAAAAGAUAAUACUUGUGUUGACCCAGUUGGACAAUGUUCAAGUAAGUUAUUUACAAAUAUUUAGUCAAUUUAGCUCAAGCAUUGACCCUGCUUGGUUGUGUGCUGCCGGAAGCAUUGACCCUGCUUGGUUGUGUGCUGCCGGAAGCAUUGACCCUGCUUGGUUGUGUGCUGCCGGAAGCAUUGACCCUGCUUGGUUGUGUGCUGCCGGAAGCAUUGACCCUGCUUGGUUGUGUGCUGCCGGAAGCAUUGACCCUGCUUGGUUGUGUGCUGCCGGAAGCAUUGACCCUGCUUGGUUGUGUGCUGCCGGAAGCAUUGACCCUGCUUGGUUGUGUGCUGCCGGAAGCAUUGACCCUGCUUGGUUGUGUGCUGCCGGAAGCAUUGACCCUGCUUGGUUGUGUGCUGCCGGAGGUUCUUUAGUUUCUGUUUUAACUACAAAGACGGACAUGUUUUCUCUUUCUGAGAUCAUGGCAACAUUCAUUUCCUGUCCUUUUUCCACCCUUGUGUUAUGAGAAUGUAUUAUGUGUUGAUGUUGCAAUUCUGGCAAUAUUUUGAAAGUCAAUAUUUAUUAAAUAUUUUUUAUGAAAAGAGAAAUUAAAAACUGUCACCGUUCUGGA